GGAGUUUGACGUGGAGGGCGUGGCUGACCCUCGGCUGGAGGUCAAAGGUCAGAGGGCGGAGCCAGUGUGGAGCUCUCAGCUGAGUCCUGACUCGGCGUGCUUCGAGGGCUCGGCAGGAAGUCUGGAGCAGCCGCACGACGCCGCAGACACAGACUCUCUGAGUCAGGGCAGCUCCGUGGGCAGUCUGGGUCUGGAGGACGACGACGACGACGCCAACUCUCUGAAGAACCACUUUGAGACGCUGACAGACGAGAAGUUUGACACUGACCUGAGGCUGCUGCAGCCCCCGGAGGAGGCGGAGGAGGAGAAACACUACCUGAACCCUCGACUCAGCAUCUCCACGCGCUUCCUGUCGCGCUUCCAGGACAGAAUCAGGGCGUGGCCGAGCAGAGCUCCGCCUCCUGUCUCCAUGCCAACCAGGAUCUCGGAGGAGAGCAGCGUCAGCAACGUAUCGGUGAGCUCUGGCGUCGAGGUUUCCUCCACCGACUCCACGCCGAAGGACGACAGCAGCAGCAGCGUUGACAUCACGUCCAGGACUCCCAGCAGCGUGGCGUCUGCAGCCCAGCAGGGGGCGCCACGGCUCGGAUACCUUGGGACCACGGCCAGCUCCAGGGCCAAACUGAGCCAGGACGCCCCCCCCUCUGGCCCCGAGGAGGAGGAGAAGGAGAACCUGGCAGACCUGCAGCCUGCUGCCCCCCAGCAGGAACUCACCGCCAGAAUCAGACACGUUUUUGGGAGUUGACCCCCCGACAUCUUCCUCCUCUCCGCUGUCGGACCCUCACACAGUUUCAGGUUCAGGUGACG